UUCUAUGUUCUAAAUUCGUAUUGUUAGAAAAGCUAGAAAAAAAUGAAGGAUAUUCUUAUCAUAGAACCAUUUAAUGGCGGUUCACACCAGCAGCUUAUAAACAUUCUUGAAGCAGAUACGGAGAUAGGACCCAGAUGCGAAAUUUGUUCCCUUCCAGCAAAAAAGUGGCAGUGGCGAGCACGAACUUCAGCACUUUAUUUCAGUCAGACCAUUCCUUAUUCCCAGUACAGAGUUUUAUUUGCAAGUUCAGUAAUAAACCUUGCUGAGCUCAUAUCUCUUCGCCCAGACCUCGCCUCUGUUAGAAAAAUAAUAUACUUCCAUGAAAAUCAACUGAUUUAUCCAGUUCAACAAAAACAAGAAAGGGAUUUUCAAUAUGGAUACAACCAGAUUCUCACAAGUUUGGUUGCAGAUAUAAAUGUUUUCAAUUCUUCAUUCAACAUGGAGUCUUUCUUGAAGUCCAUUUCUUCACAUUUAAAACUUAUUCCUGAUCAUCGCCCAAAAAAUCUGGAAGCUCAAAUACGGCCAAAGUGUCAAGUUCUAUACUUUCCUUUGUUAAUACCAAAUGUGGACAAAAGCUGUGCAUUUGCUGAGAAUGACAAAGCUGCAUAUUUUCUACAGACAGAAGAUAAAAGUCAUUCAGAACUUAAAGGUAAUAAUAGAACUGUAGGGGAGAUAAUUGACAUGGAAAAAUCAAGUGCAAAUUCAGACAAUGAGAAUUUAAAUUCUGAUUCUACAUCUUUACCAAGUCCAAGUAAACAGCUUAAAAAGGAUGGACAUGUUUUACAUAUUGUUUGGCCUCACAGAUGGGAACAUGAUAAGGAUCCCAAAAGUUUUUUUGAUGCCCUACUACAGCUACAAGGUGAAGGCCACGACUUCUGUGUGUCGGUGAUAGGAGAGACUUUCUCCGAGGUGCCAGAAGUCUUCAGCACAUGCAAGCCCCUGCUGACUGGCAGGAUUGUUGCUUGGGGCUACCAGUCCAGAGAGGACUACCUGAAGGUUCUAGAUGCAGCAGAUGUGGUCGUGUCUACGGCUCAACAUGAGUUUUUUGGUGUCAGCAUGUUAGAAGCUGUCAGUCAUGGUUGUUACCCUCUGUGUCCCAAAAGGCUCGUUUAUCCUGAGAUUUAUCCAGAAGAAUGCCUGUACGCAACACAAACUCAACUAGUGAAAAAGUUGAGAAGAUUUUGUCAAAGACCAGCUUUAUCCAAACAACAUAGUCAUCAGGAAUUGAUCAAAAAAUUUUUGUGGGAAAAUUUGCAAGUCAAUUACAGACAACUUUUAUUAAACUAGCAGAUUGUAAAUAUUUGUAUUACAGUUAUAUCAUUAAACAAGUA